AUGGCGACAAAAGAGCCUACAUUGCCAAUUCCUGGCGAGCGAAAUAUUCUUAUUACUAGCGCUCUGCCCUAUGUCAAUAAUGUUCCCCACCUAGGAAAUAUAAUCGGUAGUGUGCUCCCCGCAGAUGUUUUUGCUCGCUACAACAGGGCACGCGGCUUUCCGACCCUGUAUAUCUGUGGUUCUGAUGAAUACGGAACUGCCACCGAAACCAAAGCCCUCGAAGAAGGCGUAACACCGGAAGAACUCUGCGCGAAAUACCAUGCUAUUCACAAGGGUAUCUACGAUUGGUUCAACAUUGAGUUCGAUAUUUUCGGCCGCACGCCCACCGCGCAUCAAACCAAGAUUGUCCAAGACGUGUUCCGCGGUCUGUGGGAUAACGGGUAUAUUGAGGAGCGAGAGACUMCCCAGCCAUACUGUCCUGUAGAGGGCCAUGCUUCUUUCCUGGCGGAUCGAUUUGUGGAAGGCGAGUGCAGUAUCUGCGGGGAUCCGGGUGCUCGUGGAGAUCAAUGUGACAAGUGUGGUAAUUUGUUGGAUCCACUAGAGCCUGAUGCGAAAGAAAAUGGGGAGGAUGGUGAGGAGCAAGAUGUUGAGGCUAGAGCUACGGGAUGGUUGAUUAACCCUCGCUGCAAACUUGAUGGCGCUACACCCGAAAAGCGCAAGACGAAACAUCUCUAUCUGCGCCUAGAUGCUCUCAAGGACAAGAUCGUGCCCUGGUUUGAGAAAGUCAGCAAGGAGAAUGAUUGGAGCACCAAUACUAGCUCUAUUGUGCAGUCAUGGAUCGAUCGUGGAUUGAAGCCUCGCGCUAUCACUCGUGAUAUUAAAUGGGGUGUACCGAUCCCGACAGGCAUUGAGGGUCUCGAUGAAGAGGCUUAUAAGAACAAGGUUUUUUACGUCUGGUUUGACGCUUGUAUCGGUUACGUCUCCAUCACCGCCAAUUACACCGAUGGAGACAAUCUCGAGGGCAAGAAAUGGGAGCAAUGGUGGAAACAGCCCGAGCAGGUUUCGCUGUUCCAAUUCAUGGGCAAGGACAACGUGCCCUUCCACAGCAUCAUCUUCCCCGGUUCUCAACUUGGCUCAGGCAUGGAGUGGACGCAAGUGCACAAGAUUUCGGCUACGGAGUACCUCAAUUAUGAAGGCGGUAAAUUCAGCAAGUCCAAGGGUGUUGGUGUAUUUGGCACAAGUGCUAAGGAUACGGGUAUUGGACCGGAUAUCUGGCGAUUCUACUUGCUGUCUAGAAGACCCGAAUCCAGCGACACCGAGUUCAAAUGGGACGAAUUCGUCAGUACCAAUAACAACGAACUCUUGAAGAACUUGGGGAAUCUCGUCGCGCGUGUCACCAAAUUCUGUAUCGCCAAAAUGGACGGAACCAUCCCCGCAUAUUCCGAAGAAGCAGCCAAGGCUGUUCUCACCGAACACGAGAAGCAAGUCAACGCCUACCUCACCUCCUACACCACCUCUAUGGACGCCACCAAAAUGCGCGCCGCCCUCAACGACAUCAUGCACAUUUCCUCCCUGGGCAACAAAUUGCUCCAAGACAAUAAACUUGACAACCGCCUCUUCACCGAAGAACCCGACCGCUGCGCCGCCGUCAUCAACAUCGCGCUCAACCACAUCCACUUACUGGCCAGCUUACUUGCGCCUUUUAUGCCGUCCACCUCGAAAUCAAUCUUUGAGCAACUCGGCGCCCAACCAGAGCCCCGUAUCUCCGAUAAAUGGGUCACUGAUGCCUUGAAACCAGGCCAUAAACUCGGUGAAUCAAAGCUGCUAUUCUCACUAAUCCCACCUACUAAAGUCGAAGAAUGGCGCGAAGCCUUUGGUGGCGAGGAAAUCAAACGCCAGAAAGCGCUUGAAGCCGAAAAGGCUGCCGCCAAAAAGCUAGCAAAGGAGAAGGAGAAGGAGAAGAAACGACUCAAGAAAGAGGCUGCUGCUGCUAAGAAAGCUGCCGAAGAAGGAACAGCACCAGCGGCGGCAGAAGAAGCUGCGACGGCAACGGCAACGCAGCUGGAGAAGAAGUUGACGCUCGACGAUGGGCAGAAGAAUCCUUGA